AGUCGAUGAGCCAAGCUGCACAGACCCUGAUCGAACUCGACUUCUGCGGGGUCGAUGCUUUCACAUCCGCCGCUGGCGUCCUGCGUCUUGUCCGCGGCUGCCCGAAGGUCAUUUAUUUGUACUGGUACGCCAGUAGCGAUAGGAUCCUGACGCCCCUCACCGACGGCAACGGACAGGACGUCGAUGAACUCACCGAGCUUCUCGAUAACCGUGCCCCCAGGAAAGGCACCUACCUACCUACCUACGAGAUCGAAGUCUUUGAUGAAUACGGGCCGUGGAAAGCUGACAGCUACCACUACAGCAAUACCUGAGUAGACGGCCGCGCGACCCCGAGUAAGGAACUCUAGAGUAGAAAUGAAUGACGCGGUUACCACGCGAGAGAAACGAUACGAUGCCUACUUCUCCUUGCCGAAGAGC